AUGACAUUUGUCCUUGAACGUGAACGCCGGCAAACUGCUGGUAAUCGUCUAAAACGUUUACUCGAAAAACAAGAAGAUCCAGAUGAUGAAUUUUAUGGUACAGCUUAUGGUGGUUUUCUUGACGAAGAAGAAGAUAACGAUUAUGAUUCUGAAGAAUCUGAAGAAGAUGUGGUGGAUUCAGAUUUUGAUCAAGACGAUGAAGAACAGCAACAACAACAAGCUGAAGGUGAACAGGAACAAACGGAUACAAAUAAAAAACGAAAAACUAAUGAAGACAAUGAUGAUGACGAAGAUGGAACAAUGAAACGCAGAAGAAAAAAAGUUGUAUAUCAAGCACAAAGUCUUCAACAAGAAUUAAAAGCAAAAAAGAAAGAAGAAGAAUUAGAAGAAUCAAAAUUAAUUCGACAUCCUGAGAAAAAAAAGAAUGUACCAAAGAUUGAGGCGAAAACGUUACGUAAAUCAACGAGUGUUAAACGAGUUGAACUUGAGAACCGUCAAAAAGAACGACAGGAACGUCGUGUCUACCUGAAAGGUGUUGCAUCAUUAAGAAAUACUGGAGAAGUAAGAAAACUUACACAAGAAGAAUUACUUGAAGAAGCUAAAAUAACUGAGGAAAUCAAUCUUGAAUCAUUAGAGGCAUAUCAACAAAUUGAAUUAAAGAAAAAAGAAAUAAAACGUAUGAAACUAAUUCAAGAAUGUCCACGCAUUUGUACAAGUUCAAUGACAAUUGCAAACGAACCGAAUGAUCAAUGGAAUGAUAUACUUGAUGAAAACUAUCAACUUGAACCUAUGUCAGAACGAUGUUCUCGUACAUUUGUUUCAUUUACACACAUUCAGACAUAUAAUGAAACAUUUUCAACAUUAAAUUCGUCCAACCGUCGCCAACGUCGUCGUUUAUGUCCAAUAACAGGAAUGCCAGCACAAUAUUUCGAUUCACUAACACAAAUGCCUUAUGCUACAUUAGAAGCAUUUAAAAUUCUUCGAAGAAUUUAUUCUGAAGAAAUGAAAAAACAAAAACGAACAACAUCAGUUUUAAUCGAUGCUCAGAAAGAUGUUAAUCUAAACAUUCUUCGUUGA